AUGAGCGGCGUUGCCGCAAACGCACUCCUUGCAAAACGUCCUUGGCCGAGACCACGCACCGCCACCAAGAAGCACCCCCGCCACGACGCCCGGGGACAGAGCCGCGCCGUUGUCGGCGCCGCAAUGCCGCCGGUCAAGCCGGACACUUUGUCGGCAUCGAAGAACUCGCCACCAAACUCGAGCAAGAGCCUCACCUCGGCCCUCCCGGACAGAAGAUGGACCGCACAACCGUACUGCCGAGGACCGCCGGAUCUGGGCCAACAUGGCCCAGGUCUGGCACCAGCGGCGGUGCAACCUGGGAGGAGCCCAGUCGGCGCUAGCCACCUCCACGGCCCUCCCGGUCCUGGACGCGUCCCGCCUGGCCCAGAUCGGGGCCCGCCGGCCCAAAUCCGGGCCGUCGCCGCCAGCACCUCCUCCGCCGUCACCAUUCUCCGUCCCCCUCUGCCGCCGCCUACGACCAUACGCUGCGCCAGCCCGCACCUCCGCCGAGAACAGCCGCCGCCAAGCCUCGCCAUCGCCGCUGGACCAAGCUCCAAAAGCCCCUAG